AAAUGUCUAAGCUUAAACUACAAGUAAAUACAUCUAAUCAUUCUAGUUUUGCCCUGGUCCAUCAUUACAGAGUUCUGUAAGCAAAAAUCAAAAAAUACUUUAAGGAAAUUAACAGGAUCCUAUAUCUGCAUAGUAAUAGGAAAAUCUAAUUAAUUUGGGGAACACUGAUUAGAAACGAAGAAACAAUUAUGCUGGAGAUCGCUUUAUUCCAACUAUCAAAAAGAAAUUUAGUAUUCUCACAGAAACUAAAGCACCAGCUUAAGAUAUAGCUUCAUCUUAAGCUGCACUUGAAAUGCUCUAUAAAUAAUAAAUCUUAGAUUAAGAGCCUAUUAUAGAAUCUGAGAACGGUUCACUUAAAUUUAUUAAUCAAAAUAACUUUCAAUACAAGAAUGAACAUGUACAUUAUAUUGAUUCGAUUGAUCCAAAAAACUAUAAUAGGUAUCUAUAAUUAAAUAUUCUAGUCCUCUUGUUGAUCAUAAAUACUUUGCUUUGCCAGAAACAAUAUCAAGUUACUAUGGAAAAUAUAUAAGAAAAAUUCCGAAAGUGCCAUUUAAAGUGUUAGAUGCUCCUUAAUUAUAAGAUGAUUUUUAUUUAAAUUUAAUUGAUUGGAGCAAUUAAAACACUUUAUCAGUAGCUCUCAACAAUUGUGUUUAUUUAUGGUACCAAUUAAAAUCUAAUUAGGAAUGCUUAAUCUUCAAAAGUUACGAAAUUGCUUGAUCUUUGUAAUGAUGUAGUAACAAGUGUUGGAUGGUCAUUACGAGGACCAUUAUUAGGAGUAGGAACUAAUAAUGGAGAAGUAUAAAUAUGGGAUGCUUGUAAGUUAUAAAAAGUCAGAACAUAUAAAAGUCAUAUUGCUAGAGUUGGUACUCUUUGCUUUGCUGAAAGUAUUUUAAGUAGUGGUUCAAGAGAUAAAUCAAUAAUUCAAAGAGAUAUACGAUAAAAAGAAGAUUUUUUUUUCAAAUCUAUAGCACAUAAAUAAGAAGUUUGUGGUUUGAAAUGGUCUCCUGAUAGCUAAUUAUUAGCUUCAGGUGGAAAUGAUAAUAAAUUGUAUAUUUGGAGUGCAGCUUAAUAUGAUAAACCAAUCUUCAAAUUUAAUGAACAUUAAGCAGCAGUUAAAGCUAUAGCUUGGAGUCCACAUUAACAUGGAUUAUUAGCUAGUGGUGGUGGAACUGCUGAUAAAACAAUUAGAUUUUGGAAUGCUUUAGAAGGAAAAAUGUUAUCAAAAGAAGAUACUGGAAGUUAAGUCUGUAAUUUAAUGUUCAGUAAAAUGGAAAAUGAAUUGAUUUCAACUCAUGGUUAUAGUCAACAUUAAAUUAUACUAUGGAAAUGUAAUGGUAUGAAAAGAAUUGCCACUUUAAUUGGUCAUACUAGUCGGUAUAUAUUUAUUACAAUUAAGUGUGUUAUAUUUGGCAAUGUCUCCUGAUGGAUAUACCAUAGUGACCGGAGCUGGAGAUGAGACUUUGAGAUUUUGGAGUAUAUAUCCAUAAUCAAUUGGUAAUGAAUAAAAUAGUAAAUGUUAAUUGGCACCCCAUAAUAUCAGUAUACGUUGA